AUGAAGAAACCGUAUAAUCGAURCUCUUUCGACUGCAAAGUAUCAAAGGCAACUUUUUUUAUGGGCGGCGUUGCCGGUUUUGGCGUAACUGCCGGUGCUCAYCGCUUUUGGACACAUCGCUCUUUUAAGGCCAAUGUACCGUUACGUAGCAUAUUGAUGCUUUGCUUCUCGGUAGCUGGACAGAAUACACUCUACGAUUGGGUGCGCGAUCAUCGUGUACACCACAAAUACUCGGAAACCGAUGCUGAUCCACAUAAYUCCAAUCGUGGUUUCUUUUUCGCCCACGUCGGCUGGUUAAUGAUGCUAAAACACCCCGAAGUUUUACGUCGCGGCCGUCAGCUGGAUUUGAGCGAUGUAAUGAACGAUCCGGUCGUGCAGUUCCAUCAGAAAUACUUUAUACCCUUGAAAAUUAUGCUCUGUUUUGUAUUGCCCACCAUGGUGCCCGUCUACUUUUGGGGUGAGGAAUUCCAUUUGGCCUUCAUUACGCAAUGUCUCUUCCGUUAUGUGAGCAGUUUGAACUUCACAUGGUCGGUGAAUAGCGCCGCGCACAUGUUUGGCACACGGCCUUAUGAUAAUCGCAUCAGACCCACUGAGAACAUUUACGUCUCACUCAUUGCCAUGGGUGAAGGCUGGCACAACUAUCACCACGUUUUCCCCUGGGACUACAAAGCRGCUGAGCUCGGCAACUAUUUCGGCAACUUCACCACUAUGGUUUUGGAUGCCUUCCAUCGCAUUGGCUGGGCUUGGGAUAUGAAAGAACCGUCGAAGGACUUGGUGCGUCGCGUUAUUGAUAAAUAUGGCGAUGGCACACACCCGACGACAGAUAAGCCAGAAGAAACACCAUCGGUUGGUCAUUUUCAUUAUGCGGAGGUACCCGAUCCCGAAUUUGACGCAUCCGAUGCGGAGUCGAGCAGCACGGAGAGCACAAAGCUGGAUGAGAAUGAGAAUUUGAAGAAGAAAGUGCAAACGUAGAAUACAGUUCGUUGUUGUUGGUAAUUAAAAURCUAACUUUGGACUGGGUGUAAGUGAGCGUGAGACGUCGGAGCUCCUAAAAAUAUGGACGUGUGGCUGUUUAUUUAAUUGUUUUUUUUUUCGUAAUUUGUAACUAAGUUCAUUUUAUAUAAAUAUGUACUUCUAAUAAAUAAUGGGUGUUCCGUCUACACAUACAUAUGCACAUAUAUAGUAUAUGAAUGUAA